CCACCACGGCAGUCAGGUCGUCCUCCUCCCUGAUCUACCUCAACAGCUGACCCUCUAAACUUGCAGCCCCUCAGCAGAGCGGCAGCUUCCAGUGUGUGGGGAAACAGGGACGUGAAAGUAGGACAGAGCAGUCUGGCCCCCUUCCAUUCGAACCAGAAGCACAGAUCUGUGACAGGGGGAGAGAAGACACUGGUCUUGGGUGGAGAGAGGAAAAGCGAAGCAGUUCUGUGAGGCUUACUGCUAACACCGAGAACAGAAGCCCAGUGGACACAGACGAGUGUCCACAGCAUCUGGUGUUGAAGGUUUUGCUGGGCUCCAUCAGAAGGAGAAUCUUUGCAGAGCAGAAGUGGCACCAGCUGGAGCUAUGCAUAAGAGUACCAAGAUAAAGAUUGCCGUCUUUGUGCUGUUUGUGGGAAUGGCGUGCAUGUUCACAGCGGUGGUAACAGACCACUGGGCAGUGCUUAGCCCGCAAAUCGAGAAGGUCAAUCAAACCUGCGAGGCAGCCCACUUUGGCCUGUGGAGGCUCUGCAAGAAGUUCAUCUACCUCAGCUCGGAGAACUUCGUGAUGGGGCACGGCUGUGGACCCAUCAGUCUGCCGGGAGAGGAAAACUGCACCUACUUCCGACACUUCUCUCCGGGACAAAAUACUGAAAUAUUUGAAUACAAAACACAAAAAGAGUACAAUAUCUCUGCAGCAGCCAUCUCCAUCUUCAGUCUGGCCUUCAUGAUCUUAGGAUCCUUGUGUUUGCUGGGAUGGUGCACCGGCAAAGGCAAAGGAAGAGACUACCUCCUGAAGCCUGCUGGCAUGUUCUUUGCUUUUGCAGGUCUCUGUGCCUUCAUCUCGCUGGAGGUCAUGCGUCAGUCGGUCAAACGGAUGAUUGAGAGCGAGGACACGAUCUGGAUCGAGUACUACUACUCCUGGUCCUUCGCCUGUGCCUGCACCGGCUUUGUCCUCCUCUUCCUCUGCGGUAUAUCACUUCUCGUCCUCUCCAUGCCUCAAAUGCCCAGGAAUCCAUGGGAGACGUGCAUGGACGCCGAGCCGGAGCAAGCCGAAUGAUGGACUGCUGCACGUAUAAAAGCAGUCGAGGGAAGUCCAUACUGAUUCACCGUAACCCUUGUGCUAUCCUAGGCACUUUGACAUUGGGAGUUGGGUCAUCUAGACCCACUAGACAGUGCUUUUAACCUUUUUUCUUCAAUGAUUUGUGA